AGAAAAACAACUGUUCUUAUUAGGCGUUCAGCAUGCCCCACCUACUGCUACUUAUUUGGAGAGACUCAUAGAUUUCCGGACACACAGAGAGACCUGACGUAUAAAAGAAGAGUGUCUUUGAAAAGCAGUCCAAAUAAGGAAUAGCCAUUAUGGGAAAGUGCUUGGUGAUCUGCUCGAUAGCAAUUCUCUUUAUUCUUCUGCAGACUGAUGUCAUUGUCUCUGUUUCGGGGAAAAGCUCGUCCAGUAGAAGUAGUAGAAAGCCUAGCAAGCCUUCACAUCAUCGACCUAGCAGGCCUGCACACCAUCGACCUAGCAAGCCUGUGGAACAUCGACCUAGCAAACCUGUACAACAUCGACCUAGCAAACCUGUGGAACAUCGACCUAGCAAGCCUGUACACAACCAACCUGUACACAAUCCUGCUCCCCCACAACACAACCCUGCUUAUCCCCCAGUAAAUCCUGGUAAGCCCCCAAGCAAUCCUGGCAACCCUCCUCCACAAAACCCUGCUUAUCCCCCCCACAAUCCUGGCAACCCUCCUCCACAAAACCCUGCUUAUCCCCCACGCAAUCCUGGCAACCCUCCUCCACAAAACCCUGCCUAUCCACCACAAAACCCUGCUUAUCCCCCCCACAAUCCUGGCAACCCUCCUCCACAAAACCCUGCCUACCCACCACAAAACCCUGGUAACCCUGUCUAUCCGCCACAAAACCCUGCUUAUCCCCCCCACAAUCCUGGCAACCCACACAAUCCUGGUUAUCCGCCACAAAACCCAGGAUACCCUCCCCACAAUCCUGGCAACCCACACAAUCCUGGUUAUCCGCCACAAAACCCAGGUUACCCUCCCCACAAUCCUGGUAACCCACACAACCCUGGCUACCCCCAACAAAACCCCGGCUUUCCACAAAACCCUAGUUACCCUAGGUAUGGAGAAGGAGGCAGCUGGGGCAAAUAUGACAGUAAGCCAUGGAAGCCUAAGCCAGCCAAGCCCAAUAUGAAAUAUAUGGCAGGAUCAGCUCUGGCAGGUGCUGCAGCGGGAGCCGUUGGCGGCUACCUCUUAGGUCGUGCCAUGUCCAAUGUCAAUUUUCAGUUUAACAACCGUGAUGACGAGCGGUGGUGGCAUGAAAACCGCAACCGUUACUCCGACCAGGUUUACUACCCACAGUACAACCAGCCUGUUCCGCAGGAUAUCUUUGUGAGAGAUUGCACAAAUAUCACUGUGAGCGAGUAUACGGAGCCCAGCGGAAACCAGACGGCAGAUGAGAUGGAAACCAGGGUUGUGACACACGUGGUGCGCGAAAUGUGCAUAGAGCAGUAUCGUACCUACUCUAGUCAUGCAGGAGGCAGCUUCAGACGUCCCGGGAGUAGGCCAGAGGAGCCUAUGCCGGCCAAGACGGAAGUGAAGCCUGUGGCAGAAGAAGCUAUAACAGGCGCUGUGGCAAAAGACAGUUUGGCCAGCUCCAUGUCUAACAUGCAACUGCAUUUCAAUGACAGCGAUGAGGAGCGAUGGUGGAGCGAAAACCGCAAUCGUUUUACCAAUCCCGUCUUCUACCCAAACUAUAGCCACCCUGUCACGAAUGAAGUCUUUGCAAGUGAUUGUGAGAGUGCCACCGCAAACUAUUACAUAAAGCCCACCGGAAACCAAACAGCAGAUGAGGUGGGAGCCAGGGUGGUGAUGCGAGUGGCAUGGGAGAUGUGCAGGGCGCUGUACAGUGAUUUCAUCCGUCACAUGGAAGGAAGCAAAUAUGAUCAGAAGCCAGACGUGCCGGUGCCAACCAAACUCUGGCUGAAGCAAGUCCCAGAAGCGGCUAACAUUCCUGGCGCAGGAACCACUGGAAGCCAUCGCAACAGUGCCACAUCUCGCAUGCAUGACAACACUUUUGCCAAGUCUUCUGUGGUUUGGAUUAUCGCCCUGGUCACUCCUUUCCUGAUACCUUGAGGCUGGACCUUAAGCUGCCAUUUUGUUGCUGAGACAGGAAAUGUCCAGAAGGAAAGAGAUGUGUGUAUAUAAAGGAAAUGUUUUGUGGAGAAUACACUAUCGCUUCUGCAUCUGUUUGGUGGGUUGUCUUUAAUAGCUGUUGCAUGUGCUAAUUCUUACUCCUUCAGAGCCACCUUUGGCACUGCCGCUGUUUCAAAAUAGUUGAAACUAGGGAAAGGAGCCAAGGGUAACCUUGCAAUGAAGGGAACCUCCCCACCCCAGCCCACAUGAUUCAAGCCGUGUCCUUUUUCAUAGCUAGUUGAGCAUAUUCAGUGUAUAAACAUGAACAAGUUAAUGGAAACGCGGAGAAAAACACACCUUUUGCCAGACUACUCCUGCUACAUAGGCUCUUCAGUGAAACCUGCCAUAGCUUUACAUAUCCUGUGGCAGACUCCUCCCAGUACACUGACCCCUCAUGGGAACCUACUCAGCUUUAACAGAAAGCUUUAUGGUGCAGUAAGCCUUUAUACAGAAGUCUAGCUUCAAGAGAAAGAAAGGAUUUCCAGUUCUUAUGUAGCUUCACUGAGAGUGACUUUCAAUGCUAUGAAAUGGGGUGGGGUGGGAGCACAAGCAGCUUACGGAUAGGGAUGGCAGAAUCUAUCAAUGUCAGCUUCUAAUUUUUCCAGUUCUACGCUCAGUUCUUCACAUUCCACCUCCAUUUGUGAUUUUAAUAAUAAUAAUAAUAAUAAUAAUAAUAAUAAUAAUAUCAUUAUUUAUACCCCACCAACCUCAUGAAAAUUUAUCAGCCUUUUAGUGCAAUUUUAUUCACAUAUACACAUUUUGUAUGCAAUUUUGCAUACAAUAUACACAUUUUUUUGAAAAGCAAUUUCCCCUAAAAUAAUACAUUUUUUGCAUGCUAUUUUCAAUAAUAUAUGCAUUUGUAUGCACUUUAUCCUAGUAUAUGUGGGAUGUUUUUUUUAGUAAACUACUUGGCUGUAGUUUCACACAUUGCAAGUGUGAAUUUUAAAGGAUGAAUGUGUUCUGGUUUGUGCAUUGUUUGAGAACGUGAGAAUUGGGUAGGUUUGCCUUUAAAUGUGAACUGAAUCAAAUUUCUCCCCCAUCCCUUUGUGUGCCAUGUGCGCCACACUGAAGUCCAAAGAAAAUUUUUCACAUUAACCUCUGUAAACAAGAUGCAAGAUUGGCUCCACAUUGGGAGUACCUCACUGGCAUAGCUGCCAAGUUUUCCCUUUUCUCGCGAGGAAGCCUAUUCAGCAUAAUGGAAAAUCCCUUUUAAAAAGGGAUAACUUGGCAGCUAUGCUCACUGGAGGUGUGAAAAUUCCACAUGAGACGCUCCUUUGGGUUGUAUCCAAUGUAGCACUAAGUUAAAGCCACUUAGUGGUACUUGUUCCACAGGUGAAAUGUUUUGCAACAGUGCUCCACGGCUGCAGAAGAGAGGCUGCUAGUAAAUUUGUCGCACAACAGAUUGCCCACUAAGGUUCCGCUAGCACACCCUUUGGGUUGGGUUCCUCUCUAGUGCAACACAAACCAUUUCAAGGUUUAUUAUUAUUAUUAUUAUUAUUAUUAUUAUUAUUAUUAACAACAACAAUCAAGAGGUAUAUAAAUUUUAUGACAUAAGUAAAUAAACAUUAAAACUCACCCAUCCACUUGAGCUAGCAGACAGGGAACACUGGACACAGUCCUAAAUGCAGUGAACACUUUUAACAUUUUAAAAUGCCUUGAGAUUCUGGUGGGGGGGGGGGUGAGGAGAAGAACACAGAACAUAGAAGAGGACAUUCCCUCCCACAUAUCACAAUGUGAGGUCUGUGGGAUGCUCCUAGUCGCAAGUUCAUGUGAGGGUGUUUCCAUGUGGGUGUUUAUUGUGUCAAGGACUUAUGUCAAGGAUGGGGAGGGACCAGGGUGAUGUCCAUCCCUAAUAAAAUACCGUAUUUUCCGGCGUAUAAGACAACUGGGCGUAUAAGACAACCCCCAACUUUUCCAGUUAAAAUGUAGAGUUUGGGAUAUACUCGCCGUAUAAGACUCCCCCUCUUCCUACCAUUGUCCAUGGGCCGGACAUGCUCGCGCUGCCCAUAUCCGAAAUGUCUGCAGCACCAGAAAUCGUGUCUGCGCAUGUCCGGAAGCUGAAAAUCAUGUCUGGACAUGCACAGAAGCAAUUUCUGGUGCCACACUGCUCUUUUCCAAAAUGUCCACAGUGCCAGAAAUUGCUUCUGCGGCUGCGUAUAAGAUGACCCCCAACUUAUGAGAAGAUUUUCCUGGGUUAAAAAGUAGUCUUAUACUGUACGCAGGAAAAGAGUAUAUUGUGCUCUCAUUUUAGUGCCUUUGCAAAUGUGUCAGCCUAGUGAGGAAUGGGAUACGCUGUUGUGGGUUCUUUAUACUUGCCAUGGAGCUCCUGUCAAUGGAGGGAGUCCUUCUACACGGCAGCUUGUUGUGGAAGCAUGCGUGCAAGUUUUGUUCAACAUCCACGUGACUUCGCCCUCAUCCAAAUGCUGCCCUACAUUAUCUUCCAAUUUAAUCCAAAAUUACUGUUUCUAUGGAAAAUCUGUUAAGUAAUCCUUUCCCUCCAAACAGAUUAAAUGGAGGGGGCGCAGAAUGAUACAUUUUGAAAGGGACACCAUUAUGUGAAUGUCAUUUUUAAAAAGUGCAUGCAUUUAGCAGCACCAACUCCGCAAUAAAAUUCUGUGUGAAAGUGCCCUGGGUACCCUGGAACAGCCUGCAUGAAAGCCUUAAAAAAUUGUAGGUGGUGGACAUGCUUGAGUUUUUCAUUGUCUUUUGCCUACACAGAAAUAAUUUAUGCUGCUCAGGAUUUUACAAUCGUACAACACUUUCUGUCUUUUAGAAGCAAAGCCGGUCAUCAUGUGUUGGGAAAGCCAAUCCCUGUGAAAAUCUUCCUUACAACAUCAUAUCACUUCAGCACUUAGUUGUGGUGUCUGAUCUAAAUUCCUCUAGAGAGGGGAUUUCCAGGCCUAUCUAGCCACAGCAAAACUGCCUGAGGAGGUCUUUCCUGGGUUUAAAACUGCCAGCUACUUUACUCUUUAAUUGUAAGAUACUGGUAGAAUAUUUUUUUAAGCCACUUGUGAUAAGGACUGCUUUCUUUAUUGUAAAGUAAAGCCAGAAGGAACUUUGCCCAGUGGGAUUGUGGGCGAUUCCAGACUGGCUGCUUAUUGAGCACUCAUGUUGAUAAUGUUCACACCAAACUCGCAUGGAUCUGAUACAUCAGGCAUGUCCAACAGGUAGAUCGUGAUCUACCGGUAGAUCACUGGACGUCUGUGGUAGAUUACCGGUAGAUCAGUGGCUCCUCCCCCCAAAGAAGCUAGAAAACUUUGGCUGCCCUAAAAAAAGCUCAACAUCUUUGCCCUGCACCCCUAAAAUGACCUGAACCACAAAAAACAGGGCUUUCCUUCCAAAUAAAAAAGCUCAACAUCGCUUUCUUCCCUAAAGAAGCUCAACAACAAAACAGGGCUUUCCUUCUUAAAAAAAAAAAAGCUCAACAACUUUGACCUGAACCCCCAAAA